AUCAUUCCACUAUCAACAAACAAUACCACUGAAAGUGAAUUUUUCCUAGUACAAUCUUAUAAACUAAAAGUAUAUUAAUGCCACUAACCGCAGAAAGCGCUGCGCAGCAAAUUCAGGAUCGCCUGAAGGAAAUACAGCAAUACAUACACAAAGUUGAUGGUGAACAUGAGCGUUCAGAGGAGUCAAUGGUCGAGCUGGUCGUUGCAGGGGAAACUCAACCCGACAGUCCAGAAUUUAAGACCAUGCUAGAGGCAAAAAUGGCCGAGGCCGCUGAGGAAGAGGCAACAAUACGAGCAGCGUUGGCCAAAAUACACGAAAUACGCAACAUACGGAAUGAACGCCGCAUACAGGCACGCAAUGCAGGCAACAAGGAGGCAAUUCGUCGUGGAGCUUUAAUGAAAAUGGUGCAGCUGUCGGCACAAACCCUGCCACUGUUCGUUGGAAAACCGGGUGAACGUGCACCAGCUUUAUGUGGUGCUAUACCAGCCGACAGCAGUUACGUAGCCAAAGUGGGUGAUAAUGUAGCUGCUCUGGCCAAGGGCAUUGACGAUGAAGAGAACUGGAUAUUAGCCGAAGUGGUACAAUUUUUGCAACGUCAAAAUAAAUACGAUGUAAUUGACAUAGACGAGGAGCAAAAGGAUCGUCAUGUGUUAAGCAAACGUAAAGUCAUACCGCUGCCCUUAAUGCGGGCAAAUCCAGAGACAGAUGGACAUGCUUUGUUUCCAAAGGAUACAGUGGUAAUGGCACUCUAUCCACAAACAACCUGUUUUUACAAAGCCAUCGUGAACCGUCUGCCAGAAACAGCUACAGAAGAUUAUGAUGUGCUUUUUGAGGAUUCAUCCUAUAUGAAUGGCUAUGCAGAACCGCUGCCCGUGGCCCAGCGGUAUGUAAUUGCAUAUCGUGCAACUAAAAAGGGCGCUAGCAGCGGUAGCGGCAAUCUCUCAUCGGCUUAAGUAAAAUGCAAAUUUAAUUUU